UUAGCUGAACACUAGGGUUUAGUCUUUGCUUUCCGCCGACCGUGAAAGGAAGCGGCUUUUCCAGUAUUUCCUGAAGAAAAUCUGAAAAUGUCUCUGAUGAGCAAUCUAUCAACUUCCAUGACUUCUUCAUCUUCCUCUGCUUUCUUAGCUCCAACCAGCUUCAAUUCAAGCAGGACCCAGAGGGUUUCAGUUCCAGUGAAAAGCUUUAAAAUAUGUAAAUGUGUUUCCACUCCUCUAGAACAGCAGCAGACUGAUUACAAAACAAAGGUGCCUCGCAAUUCAAACAUAGCCAAGCUUCAAGCUGGUUACCUGUUUCCAGAGGUUGCCAGAAGAAGGGCUGCACACUUACUGAAGUACCCAAAUGCCCAAGUAAUAAGUCUUGGAAUUGGUGAUACUACUGAACCUAUUCCAGAUGUUAUUACUUCUGCAAUGGCUAAGAGAUCUCAAGCAUUGUCUACACUGGAGGGUUACAGUGGUUAUGGAGCUGAACAAGGUGAAAAAGCAUUGAGAGCGGCACUUGCUUCAACAUUUUAUAGCAACCUUGGCAUUGAGGAAGAUGAUAUAUUUGUCUCAGAUGGUGCUAAAUGUGAUAUAGGUCGCCUUCAGGUCGUUUUUGGAUCUAAUGUUACAAUGGCAGUGCAAGACCCAUCAUACCCGGCUUAUGUAGAUUCCAGUGUUAUCAUGGGUCAGACGGGACAGUUUCAAAAGGAUGUUGAGAAGUAUGCAAAUAUUGAGUACAUGAGGUGUACCCCAGAGAAUGGAUUUUUUCCCGAUUUAUCGACUGUUGCUAGAACAGAUAUCAUAUUUUUCUGUUCUCCAAACAAUCCUACUGGUGCUGCUGCAACAAGAGAGCAAUUGACUCAGUUAGUUCAGUUUGCUAAGGACAAUGGGUCUAUCAUUGUCUAUGAUUCUGCAUAUGCCAUUUAUAUGUCAGAUGAUAGCCCGCGCUCUAUCUUUGAAAUUCCUGGAGCAAAAGAGGUUGCAAUUGAAACAGCUUCCUUUAGCAAGUAUGCUGGGUUCACUGGAGUUCGUCUAGGUUGGACUGUUGUUCCAAAACAGCUUCUAUUUUCAGAUGGAUUUCCCGUUGCCAAGGACUUCAACCGUAUUGUUUGUACUUGCUUUAAUGGUGCAUCUAAUAUUGCCCAAGCUGGUGGCUUGGCUUGCCUUUUACCUGAAGGGCUUGAGGCUAUGCAAGAGGUGAUUGGCUUCUACAAAGAAAAUACCAAAAUUAUAGUAGGGGCAUUUAACUCGCUUGGGUUUAAAGUGUAUGGAGGACAGAAUGCACCAUAUGUGUGGGUUCACUUUCCUGGCCAAAACUCAUGGGAUGUGUUCAGUGAGAUACUUGAGAAGACCCACAUUGUUACUACGCCUGGAAGUGGUUUUGGACCUGGUGGUGAAGGUUUCAUCAGGGUCAGUGCAUUUGGUCACCGGGAGAAUGUCUUGGAAGCCUGCAGAAGAUUCCAGCAGCUUUACAAUUGAAUCAAGAGCAUUUGACUGAUUUAGGGUAUCUCAGUUCUGGAUCUGAAAUGAAAGACGUGCUGCUUCUAUGAUUUAUGUUCUCUUUUCUUUGAGGACCAUUGAUCAUGAUAUCUCAUCGGAACUAUGUUUAGGAAAUUCCUUGGAAAUGCAGAGCGUUUGGCAUGUAAAAUGAAUUUCAUCUACCGAAACCUGGCUUUUAUAUAUAUAAUAAGUUGAUGAAA